UCCUGCUCCUCCCACAGUCCCACCUUCCUUCUCCUGUAGCUCUGCCUGGCUCCUCCCGCAGCUCUGCUCCCGUCUUCUCUUCCAAAUCUGCCCCCAGCUUCUUUCCCCCACCCAGCUCCGCUCUUCUCCCACAGCCCAGCCCUGCUCCUCCCUCAUCUCCAUCCCCAAUUCCACCUCUUCUAGCUCUGACCUGCUCCUCCUACCCCUCUGGCCUAGAUCGACCCCAGCUCCCCCUUUUCCAGCUCUUUCCCACAACCCUGCACUAGCACCUCCACAAGCCAGACGGGCUCCAGCCUGGCUCCUGCUCCGGCUCCUGCUCCUCCCACACCUCGCUGCCAACUCCUCCCCCAACGCUUUGUGGACCCCGCCCUUCCCCUCCCCAGCGGGGCACUGCUCACUCCCAGCUCCACCCCAGGCUGUGCGUUGACCCCUCCCCCAGUUCCUUCUCUGGUGGGCAUCCGUCCCGCCACACCUCGCUGUUCCCGCGGCCCGGCCCUGCUCCUACCGUAGUCCCGCCCAUGACUCCUCCCACAGCACUUUCAGCUCCGCACCCUCCGUCACAGCCCUACCGCUCACAGGGCUGCGGGCUGGCCUCGUCCCGCCGCCUCCCCUUCCUCUUCCUCCCUCCAGUCCCCUUUCCUCCCUCUGGUCUGCCCUCCAGUGCGCUGGUCUCCAGACCGCUGGCCGCAACCUCGUUUGCCGGCGCGUGUGAGGGGCCACUGAGUCAAAUGGCGUCUCCCAGGGGCCCGUGCGUGUUUACGUGAAGACACUGAGACAAGUGGAAGACUGUUUUCUCCUAGGGCCACAGAGCAGCUGUCCCUGCCCUAACUCGGUGAGCUCCCCAAAGACUUCCUGGGAUGGUCCUGAGUCCUCUGAAUCCCAGCCCCUUCUAUUGGGCCUACCGUGGCACAGGACAUCAGUGACUGCGUGGUGACAAGAGCAGCGGACUAUGGAGGCCACACGGCGCACAGAGAGCUCACGGAAGAUGAAAUUUGGCUGCCUCUCCUUCCGGCAGCCUUAUGCAGGGUUUGUCUUAAAUGGAGUCAAGACCAUGGAGACACGCUGGCGUCCCUUGCUGAGCAGCCACCGGAACUGUACCGUUGCCAUCCACAUUGCUCACAGGGACUGGGAAGAUGACACCUGGCGGGAGCUGCUGGGGGAGAGGCUGGGGAUGACUCCUGCUCAGAUUCAGGCCUUGCUUCAGGAAGGGGAAAAGUUCGGUCGGGGAGUGGUAGCUGGGCUCAUUGACAUUGGGGAAACUUUGCAGUGCCCUGAAAACUUAACUCCUGAUGCAGUUGUGGAACUGGAAAAUCAAGCUGUGCUGACCAACCUGAAGCAAAAGUACCUGACUGCGAUUUCAAACCCCAGGUGGUUACUGGAGCCCAUGCCUAGGAAAGGAGGAAAGGAUAUCUUCCAGGUAGAUAUCCCAGAGCACCUGAUCCCUUUAGGGCAUGAGGUGUGAAGAGUGUGGGCUCCCAAGAGGAACAUUGCUGAGAAACCAGCUAAAUCAUGACACCAUCAUGGAGCAGGCCUGUGUACAUCAGGUUAAGUUUGAAUUGUCCCUGCACUGGAGAGCACCACUCUCUCCUUCACUGGAACAGAUGGAAUGGGGAUGGGGCUUUCCUUGUGUGAGACCCCUUGGGGGUCAUUGACAUGGUCUCAAGUACUUUGACCUUUGGGUAAAAGGAAAAGCUGCCAUGGAACGUCUCAGCGUUUCCGCUAACUUUGGGCCUACUGAUUUCUGGAUUGUACCAAUAAAUGUGUUGUGGAUAACCACUUA